AUGAGAGUGCUAAGUUGGAAUAUAAACGGAAUACGAAGGAUAUUAGGGAAUUAUAAAUCAUGUGAGGAAUUUGUGAGAGGCUUAGAAGCAGAUAUUGUAUGCUUUCAGGAGACAAAGGCGUUUAAGAGCGCUCUUGGUGCAUCUCAAGUAUCCUUUGAUACUUUUCAAUCUUAUUGGUCCUUUUGCCACUCAAAUAGGUCUUAUUCAGGUGUAUGCGUUUAUAGCAAAGAAACACCAUUAGCAGUCGAGGAAGGGUUAAGUGGAGGGUACACAACAUUCUCAGUAUCGAUACCGCAGCUGUCAGAUGAGGAUAAAUUGAAACCGCUCGCUAAUAUACAUAGUUAUAAUCAAGAAACGCUACUGGGACAGAAUUAUCAUCCAGACUUUACCAAUGUAAAGCAAUUAGACACUGAAGGUAGAGCACUUUGUCUCGACUACGGCAUGUUUGUCUUGAUAAACGUCUAUUGCCCUGCUGAAGGUGAUGAAUCGAGGGUGAAAUUCAAGAAAUCAUUCCACGAAUUACUCUUUGAGCGUAUUAGAAUAUUGAAAGAGGGUGGACGUCAGAUCAUUCUAUUAGGUGACAUAAAUAUUGCACAUAGAGCGAUAGACCAUUGUGAUGGUUUAGAAUUAACUCGUACUGACAUAGGUAAGAUGGAAUUUGAGACUAAAUAUACUCGCCAAUGGAUGGACAAAUUAGUUAGCGAUGAUAACUCACCUUUAGUCGACAUAAUGAGAUUAUUUCAUCCAACAAGAGAGGGUAUGUUUACCUGCUGGAACCAACUCAUUAACGCUCGACCAUCAAACUAUGGCACCAGAAUAGACUAUGUUCUAAUAACACCAGGAUUAAUACCUUGGGUUAAAGAGGCUGAUAUUGCACCGAGCGUGUACAAUUCCGACCAUUGUCCGGUGUUUAUCGAUUUACAUGAUAGUAUACCAGACCCACAUGAUGACACCAAGGUUUUACAUUUGAAGGAUUACUUGAGUAAACCUAAAGGGGCAGCUUUACCACCAUUAUGUGCGUCAAACUGGGAUGAAUUCAAUGGGAAACAAACAUCACUAUCAUCUUUCUUUCAACCGGGAAUUAAAAAGAUUUCACCUUCGCGAUCCCUGUCGAGAUCAACCACACCUAAAAACCAUCGGGAUCAACCACAAAUAGAAUCAUUCUUUCAGCCUCGUGGAAGAACUAAUUCUGGAGAUCAUAACAAUCCUGCAAACCCGACGAAAAAGCAGAAAGUGGACAACGAUAAAACAAUCAAGUCAGCUUGGAAAGCUUUGAUGGCACCAAAGAGGGUGCCAAAAUGUAAAGUACACAACGAAGAUUGCAGAGAAUACACUGUAAACAAACCUGGUCCAAAUAAGGGUAAGAAAUUUUGGUUGUGUAGUCGUAACGUUGGGCCUGGAUAUGAUGCCGGAGGAUCUAAACGUAAUAGGGCUGAUGUUGAUAGUCGUUACAGAUGUAAUUUCUUUGUUUGGUCAUCACAUUUAGAGCGUGAUAUGAGUGGUAUAGAAGAUUAUAAGAGUGAUAAACAAUAG